GUACAUGAACAGCUGAGGAUGGAGCUGAAGACCAACAAAGAAGGGACAAUAAAACCCAGGGGAUUAACUUAAUAUUAACAUUAGUUUCUUGAAUAGGGUGUGGUAGUGUAGUCACUCUUUCUUAAAAAUAUUUUGCACAGUUAAAUCACACCCAUUUCCAUACAUCAUAGAUGAAGUUCAACACAUUUCACUUACCAUAUUACAUCUGUUUCCAGGAUUGUUUCUGUAUCUCUCUGAAAUCUUGUAACCUCAACAAUGUCGCGCUCUUUAAGAGGGUCAAUCCCGAGCUGAAACUGUCCUUCUCAUGGGCUUGAAGGUCAAUAGUAAGUUCUUGUUCCUUUUUCACCAACACCCACGCGUUCAGGUCUGUUUUUCGUACAACAACACUUCGUAGCUUGACAUCAUCUUCACCAAACAGAUCAGAGAUACAAUGUAGCUGGCCUGCUUUUACAACUUUUGUCGUGUAGAUUGGACAAAGUGUUGUUAGUUUCCGCAGAGUUUUCAAAACGUUCAAGUUCGUCAAAAAGCUGUGUUAUGGUUUUUCGCGAUUCUUUAAACUCCUCUGAUUCCUUUUUGUCAACAAAUUCCCUGAUUACUUCUUCACCGUAUUGGUACGUUUCAUGGACCUGUUGAAGUGCGUAGUGAGUUCUGUCUUUCCACUUUGCUGGACUCUUACCUCAGGUAAGAAUGUGUCACAUCUUUCCAAAAACGUUUUACCUAUCAGACAACCUUUGGAAAACUUUGUCAGUAAUUCUUUGAUGUUCCCACCUUCAGCGCUCAUCGCUCUUCGGCACUUCCGAGAUUGUUGUACCGAUUUUGUCUUAAGGGAGGGGUAGGUGGAAAUCUUCCACCCUUCCUCGAAAGUUUGUUAAACGUCUAACUUUUCCAUUAUAGCGCAUUCUAAGAUUAUUCUACCCCAGACAGUAAAAGAAGCCCUAUCAUCUAUAUUUAAAAAGAGUGAAAAGGUACCUUACAGCCGACUAUCGUCUAUCCCCCUGUUAGGUGAGCGUUUGCUGUGUUUACGAACCCGCAUAAUUCUGAGAAACGUCACUGAAGGCCAAUUUCGACGAAUCGGCAGUCCCGUAGGUACUCGCUCGUUGGCUUUGCAGCGGAAGCGCCGUCCGUUACUCUGUAAAAUUUGUCCUAAUGAGCUAAACCAGAGCGUCAGCAAGCGUCGAUUAAAUGGACCACGAAGAUAACUUCAUCUGUCACAAAAUGGCGAUUUGCAGUGCGAGUUGAGACAGCGGAGACCGCGGGAACAAUUUGCCUCGUCCUAAGGCUGAGAUAGCUGAACUGAGAUUGUUAGUCAUGUCACGUGAUUCACAGGCAAGGAAAGAUUCCAGGACCCAAAGAAACACUGACAAUCCAAGAAGUGGAAGACAAGGCGAACCAAGCUUUAGCUUGAAUGAUAAACCUGCACAUAAUGACCAAGAAGAAGUGAUACAAAUCCCCAAGGACAAAGUAGGACAUGUUAUAGGGAAAAAGGGGUGGAGAAAAAAAGAUAUAGUGGAGCAAAGUGGAGUUCAAGCACUGGUCAUCAAAGACGACCAAGUUCGCCUAACAGGAACAGAGGAACAGCGCACUAAAGCUAAAAUGGUCAUUAACGAGAUCAUACGUGGAGAAGACAGCCCUGAUGAAGGUUCUUGGGAAAAACUGGACUUUAUACCCGAGAAAUAUAUGGGUACAGUUAUUGGAAGAAACAGCGAAAAUUUAAACAAAAUAGGACAAAAAACUGGGGCAACUUUGAAGGUCUGGGGACGGAAUGGCCUCUAUAUCAAGGGAUCUCCUGAGAACCAAAAGAGAGCUAUUCGGGAAAUAAAGGAGCAAGUGAACAUUUUGAUAAGACGCUCACAGUCUGGUCAACAACAUCAAGUGCGGCGUGUUCACGUGGAUACAACCCAUUUGGACUUGAACCGCAAGUUUGAACUGUCCGUCGUACAACCUCCAAACGAUUACAGCCCUGAGGAAACUAAAUACUAUCAACUGAAACAACUAAAGCAUUCCCCACGAGAUAUGGAGGAUGAACAGGAUGGCUUCACUGACAUAAACAUAUUGAGAGAUGAACUCCUCAUGGUGUUAAAGAACAUUCACAAAGAAAAGGAAGAGGAGACCUUAAAAGUAGUUAUUUGGUGUCACCUCGGCCAUGCCUACAUAAAGGAAAUAAGCGAAGACGACGAAAAAGAGGACUAUUUCACUCUUGCUGAAAUCAAAGAAAAACUCGAGGAAAAAGCAAGCUGGAGGACCUCAAUCUUCGAAGGUGGCUUAGACGAUAUAGAAAUUGAGCGAAUUGAAGAGCAUCUGGAAUCCCAUGCAGUUAAGGAAGACAUCAGAUAUGACUUUACCUUCCUUACUCCCUCUUGUAGAGAUGUUCGUGUUAAGGCAUGGCUUACUGAGGGAGCUGCAAAAGGAGAAGACGAGACAACCUCCAUGGCGUUCUCUCGCACUGCACCAGUUCGUGUUAAGAACAUCUUGACACGCGCGUUGCCUGAUGGGCAGGGUGAUUCAUCAAACGCGCCAUGUUUUUACUUGUGCUCUCAGUAUCAGCGCAAAAUGAAAGUAGACAUUUUGAUGGUUUCCAAGACAUUUGACUACCGUUUGUUAAUAAGGACAUGUAAGAAAGAACUCAAUGGGCAGGAUGACUUCACUGGCAUGGAAAAAUUGAGAGAUAAACUCCUCAUGGUGUUACAAAACAUUCAAAAAGAAAAGGAAGAAGAGAAGGUCAUAGUAGACAUAUGGUGUCACGUCGGCCACGCCUACAUAACUAAGGUCGAUGAAGCUGACCUGGAAGAGGAAUAUUUUACUCUCAAGGAAAUCAAAGAAAAAGUUGAGGACCAAAAGCUCGGUUGGAAGUCAAAAUUUAAAGGAGGAUUAGAAAAAAUAGAAGUUGAACACAUUGAAGAGAGUCUGGAAUCCCGUGCAGCUAAAGAGGAAGUAAGAUACGACUUUACCUUCUACACUCCUACUUGUCGAUAUGUUCGUGUCAAGGUAUGGCUUACCGAGAAAGAUGGUGGCGAACAAGAAGGGGACGGAGCAACUUCAAUGGCGUUCUCUCGCAGUGCACCCUUCAGUGUUAUGAGUGUCAUGGCUCGCGCCCAAACGUUGCCGGAUGAACAGGGUGAUUCAUCGCACAAGCCAUGUUUUUACAUGUGUUCUCAAACACAGCAGAGACUGAAGGCAGACAUCUUAAUGCUUACCAAGGAAUGUGAUUACCGACUGUUCACUGAAGUGAGGGACGUUCAUACAGCAGCCACAAAGACUGACAUACAUCUUCACUGUGAGGAAUGGGACCAGGUGCUUGCUGAAGGAAAUGACUGGGAACCAGAACAGAUAGUCGACAAACUACCUUCUUUUUUACAAUUUCUAAGAGAAGUUCAGAUAAACGUAACUGGUGGCCAGUGAAGGGGUGGUUUUAAUGCAGACUCAACUGUUUGUUACAAAAUACUCAGAGUGACUUUAAUUUCUUCAGAGUCACUUUGGAAAAAGUAAAGGAUUCUGGUUGUUGUAGUCAAAUGACGUCAUCAUGCAAAUUACCCACUGAGCCACUUGCUUUGUAAACUUCAAUAAAACACAAGAAAACAAAGAGA